AGGAAUAGGAACCCUAAACCAGGAAGUUACAUAGUUGUGAUUCUAAUUUCAGCCUCAGAGGAGGGCUCACAUUUACUGAAUAUUGUCAUAUGAAUAGCAGCCUAGGACUUUUUUGCCCAAACCUCUAAGGUGACAUCAAGAUCUCCAGUUCUUCUUGAUGGAGAUUCUGCUGUACUUGAGGGUCUGAAGGCAGCACAUAGUCCAAUGCAUGCCAACCAUUCGCUAAGUUGGCCAACAAGCCACAGCUGAGUAGAAAAUAACGUACAGCUGCAAGAGAUGAUGCUGUUCAGGAAACUUCAGUGGUCCAAAGGAAAGGCUAUUUUACCAGUGCUUUUAAUAUGUGCUCUCUUCUCAAGCUCAGGGUUGCAUCAGGAUGCAUCCACUGCAAGGAGAAAAAAUGUGGUCUCAUUACAGGGUAAAAUGGUGAAAAUGGAAUGUAUUCACAUUAGUAAUGCAGCAGAAGGUUUGAUCCUAACUCUAAGGAGAAAUGGCACCGCCGCUGAGCUUUGUUACUGGCGGUUUGGAAACUUUAGCAUUUGGAACAGAAUCUGCAAAGGUUCUGUAACUCUAGAGUACGAUCAUCACACCAGAUGGGUUUAUGCUGUUAUUCAGAGAGUCUCUGUGAAUGAUUCCGGGGUUUAUAACUGCACCCUGGAAAGCAUGAUUCCUCCACCGGUGAAAACACUGGACUAUACAUACAUUUACCUAACAGUAUCAGCUCCUCCAGUUGUUGAGCUUUCCUUGGUAUCUCCUUUCUUCAAUAACUAUGAGAACACAUUGACUUGCUGCGCUUGGGACUUCUACCCUCAAGACAUCCAGUUCUCCUGGUAUAAGGAUGGAGAGUUGAUCACCAACACUUCAAAGAAUGAUUCUUUGUUCCCCAAUAGUAAUGGCUCUUACUCCUAUAUAAGUAACCUAAUUAUUUCCCAUUCUGACUGGAGCAGAUCUGUACAGUUUUCUUGCCAAGUGAAUCAUUCUGCACUGGAAAGUCCUGUUGUCAAACAUAUAUCUUGGCCUCAAGCUGAAAAAGAUCCUUCAAAGUUGCCAGUCUGGAUCCUGGCUGCAGUGCUUGCUGGUCUCCUAAUGAUACUGGUGGUGACUAUUCUGGCAAUGAUCCUGAUAUUCAGAUCCAAGACCACAUCACAGAGCUCUGCAGACAGAGUUGUGCCAGAGACUGUUGUGAUACAACUCCCACAAGAAUGCCAGAGAGAGAAGUGCCACACGACCUAUGCGUUGCUUAAUUAUUAUCCAGGAUCUACAUUAUGAGUGGUUGUCAAGUGUGGUAUGUGGGGUAUGAAAUACAGAAGGAAACCUUGCAUUCCCUCGAAGUCUUCUGCACUGAACUUGAUGAUGGAAGACGGGAGCUUCUGGGGAAACAAACAACACCUGCUACUUGUAAUACUGAAGCCUUGAGCUGUCAAAUAACAAGUAAAGCAAAGCCACUUGUGAAGAAGGGCAGUGUGCUAGAUGCUGGUUUGAGUUCUCAGACCUAGUUAGUAUUUCAGCAAAAAGGUCAACAUCUAAUCUGGCACAGAAAGGGAACUGAAAUGUCCCUGAGGUGCCUGAUCUGAGUGCAAGGUGACUGUGAGCCUUUGGGAGAAGAUGCACUGCUUUGGAGUAUUAUGGUUAUGACCAUGAGGUUAGGCAGCCUAGGGAAAUUUUCAGACUGGUGCUUCACAAUCCACUACAUUCACUUGGCUGGACUUGGCUCACUGAGUCACAAUUAAGCCAAUAUCCCAGCAAUGCAGCUAAGACAUGAUUGAUGGAAAUUCUGUUGUUCAAAUGGGUCCAAGUCAUUUUCUGAUGAUUAAAGUCCAUGCCACUGUGUCAGAUAAAGGGUGUUCUGGCUAAAUUCCAGUGUUAAUAACAGCCUUCACUCUAAAAUUCCCUACACAUUGCAAUUCAGAUGCAGCUUACUGUGCACUUUCACAUCUCUGUCACGCUCCACCCCUGAACUGAUUGAAUUUCUAGGGUUGGUCACAUUGUUCUACAUGCAAUCCAUACCUUGCAAAUCACUUAUUUUGGGAGCCUUCAGCAUGAAAGAGGAACUAUCUCCACUUAUAGGAAUUUCUUGAGUUAACUGUUGCCUGCAGUUGUGGAGAGCUGGAUUUGAGGAAGACCCUUCCAGUCUUAUAUCCCUAUGUUCCUGGAUAGUUGUAAGGUUUUAUCACUUUUUAUCCCUUUCUUGUUUUUAUAAAUAUUGCACAAAUUAUUACUUUUACCAUAUUCCAGUGUAUUACUCUGGCUUUGUUAGCCACUGCAUCUUUAUGAAAGAUGCUGAUUAUCUUAAAUGUUGGCUCUUGUUUACAAACUGUUACUGUGUGGCAAGGAGGCAAUUAUAGACUACAACAGCAAGAUGGACUUUAUUUUUAUGUGUUCCUACUGAUCCUGAACUCUUUGGCCUGUUCUGGAGAUGCUUUCAUUGGAAUGCAUUAAUGUAUUUUCAGCAUACAAAAUUACCAGAUUUUAGGUCUAAGGAUGUUACACAAAUUGCCAGUUGCUCAAAUCACAAGCGAGACUUUAUAAAGGCAAGGUGCCAUGU